AUGGAUGUAAAGUGGACAAAACUGAAGAUAAUAAAUUAAAUAUUUACCCCAAAAUAUAUUCAUGAAGUUUUCCCUCAAUUAAGACAUAAGAUCAUUCCUGAUUCCAGUGCUCAUGUCCCGGAUCUGUUGGAUCCGCAAGAUUUUGGCUUCCUGGAUCCGGAUCCGGAACCAAAAUCUGAACUGGAAAAGAAAUGCUCACUAGCUGGAUCCGGAUCCAUUUUUUUCCCAGUGCGGAUUCAGGAUCCGGAUCAGCAUCAAAAUUAAAUGGAACCUAAGCACUGCUUAUUUCAUUCAUCUUGAUUUAGAAGAGGGUUCCAUGGACAUGAUGACCGAGGGUUUGACCAGCCGAGAAUACGUGAUCGCCUCGGACAAAAACAAGUUGGGUUCGCUGACGGAGUUCGUGGUGGAUCCAUUCAAAAGCGGAGUAGAGGAGGUCCACCUAGAGCUAACUUUGCUCACCUUGGACUCCUUCCUGACGAUGAUCUAGAUCUAGAUGUAGAAACUAGAUCUGACCAGGCCGGGAGAGGACGACCUGUAUACGGGAUGAGAAGCUGGAGAGGAAUGAGAAGAGGAUCGUUCAGUAGAAAUACAACUGGGAAACCUGCUCUAGUAGGCGGGCUAACCUGGCACAAGAUAACACUGAGGAACGGAGCUAAAUAUGACAAGAUGUUUUUACUGAAAGAGCUUUUACAGAAAUCUGCUGUUAAGUUUCUUCCUAUCUGCUAUCAGGCCAACAACAACAAUUCAACAUUUUAUAUAGAAGAUUCAGCAGCUGCAAGAGCUAUCAAGGACCUGGACAAGAAAAUAGAGCUCCCGGACGGAUUUGAUUUGGUAAUUUCUAUGGAGAGAACAAUACCCCCCAACAUGCCGGUCUCCAAAGAGAUGAUUGAAAAGAUAAAAGUUGUGAUGUCUGAGCGAUACAAUGUUUCAACCUCAGCACUAAACCUCAACGCGUUCCACAAUUCCUUCUCCGGGACAGAUUUCUACGUUCCGUUGAACCGAACCAAUAUAUUAACAAAGGUUGUGGAAAUCAUAGCAGAUCAUAUCCCUGAGGUGAAAGCUAUAGACCUCUCCAACAAUAGAAUAAUGACCCUGGAUGCCCUGGUUGGGUUUAAGAACAAACUCAAGGAGCUCAAUAUACUGUAUCUCAAGGAUAAUAAAUUAACUGAUCUCCGAGGACUAGAGAAAUUAAAAGGAAUAAACUUAACGGAGUUGAAGUUGGAUGGAAAUCCUUGUAAGGAUAGAUUGGGGUCAGCUUAUACAGACUCCGUCAGGAAGAUUUUCCCUUCUCUCCAGGUUUUGGACGAGAAGGUUCUCCCGAAGGAGAUCGGGUUUGAUGACGAUGUAGCGGAAAAAACAGAAAUCCCUGCAUCUCUUCCCAAACUUGUGAAGAAUGAGACUGCUGGAGGAUUGGUUCUACAGUUUCUAGAGCAGUAUUUUAAACUCUAUGAUACAGACAACAGACAACCAUUAUUAGAUGCGUAUGACGAGAACGCAAUGAUGUCGCUGUCUUGUGUUGGUUCCUUCGAACAGUUUAAAAAUUAUCUUGAAGAUUCCCGGAACCUGAAGCGUGUAUCCCAGGAAUCAAGGAGACAUAAACUCCUCAGGAAAGGUCGUCUUCCGAUAGUUUCCUUCCUGGCUGGACUACCCAAGACCCAGCAUGAUCCGACCACCUUCACCCUGGACCUACCCUUUACCAGCGAGACCUUGAUGAUCUUCACCGUCACCGGAAUGUUCAGAGAACGAGAAACUAAACUUAAAGCGAUCCGACACUUUAACAGGUGUUUUAUCGUUGUACCUCGUGGGGCUGGAUUCUGUAUCAUCAAUGAAAUAUUACACGUUACCUUCCCCACUGCAGCAAACGCAAAGCGAGCAUUUACAUCACCAGAGAGUUCAAUGCAGACUUUAAAUAAACCACAGGUCACCGAGGUAGCCCUGGAUCCUGCAUCAAAACAGACCUUGGCCACCGCUUUCUCCGAGAUGACCGGGAUGAACCUGGAGUGGUCUGCCCGGGCACUAGAGGAGAACCUCUGGAACUAUGACAAGGCCAGCAGUGUGUUCAACGAGCUCAAAAAUGCCGGGAAGGUUCCGCCUGAAGCGUUUAUCAAGAUUUAAGAAGCAAAGAAGACAUUUAGAGAUGUUAUCGUAAUUCUUGGACACUUGUACAAUACAUGCUUACUGCUUAAUUAAAGCCAAAAUAUUUUAAUUUCAUUCAGAUAAAUCAAACAGCAGAAAUUAGUUUACGAGCUAAAUUAAUUAACUUUACAUUGAAUUUAUUAACUGAACAUUUUUAACAUUUCCAUAAUAACAGAAUAUAAGUAAUAAAUGAAUUGAUCACAAAAUUGAAAUAAAGCUUCCGGUGGGAACCUUUAUAUUAGAAGCAAAGAUUAAUAAGAUAAAGCAUGAUAGGGUUGUCCAAGCCUUGUAAAUAAACUUAUUUGUUAUGUGUGUGCAUAUAUAUUUAUAUAUAUCUAAAAUACAAAAACACACUCAGAUUCACAAGCCUAGGUGAACUUUAAAUCAACUUUAUAUCGGAGUUUAACAAUAUAGAAAUAUAUUCAAGGGUUUAGUGGAAACACAAGGCAAGAGUGCCGAGUACGCAGUAUCUGCGUAGAUCUUAUAGAGUUCUCAGAGUCCUGAUCCUCCGGUGAAAUAUCUCCCUCCGGAGAUAAUUUUAAACCUGAACCUUGUUCAAUUAAUCACCAAGCAGGAGCGGACCUAUCCAUAUAUAAAACUAAGACUAAACCCUGCAGGAUAAAUGUUUUAUCCAAACAUGAAAUUCCGAUUUUAUUUCUAAAAUAUGUCACCUAGCCUCUGUGAAACUGAGAGAGUCUUGAUUAAAACGAUGGUUUUUCUUUAAAUAAAAAAUUUCAGA